AUGGCGGAUGCUUACACAUUUCUCAAUGCCAUGCAUAAACAAUAUGGUGACAUCUUUGAAUUCUAUAUCGGCAGCAGGCGUCUCAUCAUGCUUAAUCGAGUUGAUCUGGGAGAGAAUGGCGUCUUUAAGCAGUCGAUUAAAUCCAACAACUACUUUCUCAGAGAUGCGGCGUUGAGUCAGGGAUGGGAGGAGUUGGGUUGGACGAAUAGGGGUAUUAUCGGAAACCGUUUGAUUACGGAUUGGCUGUUCAACAAAAGAUUGUUGAGUCAUUGCCUGAGUUCCACAAAAUACCUUAAGGAGAGUGUCAGCAGUAUCCAGCAAAUAUUUUCAGAAGCCGAAGGGUAUUGGAAGGAGCUUGGUGACAGUAAACCGCUUGAAUUCACAGAAUGGAUGCAUUGUUUCAUUGUAGAUACGCAAAUAAAAUUGAUCACCGGUCAAAUGACCUACUCUCUCUCUUCAUACUACAACUCUGUCCUUCCUCCUCACCUCAAAAAACCCUUACCUCGUCAAUCUCUGGAAGAUUAUUCCAAAUUCAUGUCGUAUCUGCUCGCCUGGCCUCCAACCGGACAAUUCUUUUACUUUGUUCCACCGUUGCUUAGACAUUACGUCCCAGGCAUCAGGCAUAUUGCCGAGUGGUUGAAAAUGAGGCUUAAGUGGCUCGAGAGCGAAGUGGCAAAGAUCGUGCGUGAGAAAAAGAAAAUGAUUGAGAAUAUGGACAAUGAUGAGGCGCAGGAGCUCAAUUUGUUGACAAUGUUGUUGACGAUCAACACGGAAAGAGAUACCAAUAAGUUUAAAGUGGAAAAUGCUGAGAGGCCUUUUACCGAGGAAGAAAUUGUCGAGAUACUCAUUGAAGCGUUUAUUGCUGCACUUGAUACGACUACGAGCACACUCUGCUUCCUAUUCUACAACAUCUGCAAACAUCCCGACGUCAAAUCUCGUCUUGUCGCCGAAAUCGACGCGACCAUUUCCUCCCAGGACAACAAUCUCGAUUACGAUUCAGUCACCACUCUCUUCCCAUACACUAACGCCGUGAUGAAAGAGUCUGCUCGCAUGAUAACUGUAGUUCCGCUGGGAGCUCAAGUAGCCUCAAAAGAUGACGAAUUCGCUGGAUACAAAUGGAGUGCGGGUACUGCAGUCGCAUUCAACUAUGGUGUCAUACAUAGACAUAAAGCAUAUUGGAAGGAUCCUGAGAUAUUUAGGCCUGAGAGAUUUUUGGACGAGCAUAGGGACGAAUUAAAGCCAAGAGCGUUUAUGCCAUUCGGUGGAACAGUAAAGUCGUGUCCGGGUAAGCUGCUUGCUGAGAGGUUGGUCAAGACUGUUGUCAUUCUAUUGUUUUCAAGGUUUGAGGUUGAGUUGUGUGAACCGGAUAAGGAGGUGAAACGCAAGUAUGUAUUAAAUAACCGGUGUGAGGAGUUAAAGGUGUAUUUAAAAGCAAGAAAUCGAGGGUAA